CUGCGGUACGCCGCUUCAGUGAGGGGCUCGACCGCGGCCACCCGGCCUGUUGCUUUUCUGGGCGCCACUCCUCCGGCCCGCCCGACGCGACGCGCCAGUAGCGCGAUACUGAUUCUUCUCGGCUCUUGGGCGCUGCUCUGAGCAGCGUCACCCUUUAUACCAGGAAGCUGGCGGGCACUAUGGGAAAAAAACAAAACAAGAAGAAUGUGGAGGAGGUGCUAGAAGAGGAGGAAGAGGAAUAUGUGGUGGAAAAAGUUCUUGACCGUCGAGUGGUAAAAGGCAAAGUGGAGUACCUCCUAAAGUGGAAGGGGUUCUCGGAUGCGGACAACACGUGGGAGCCAGAAGAGAACCUGGAUUGCCCCGACCUCAUUGCUGAGUUUCUACAGUCACAGAAAACAGCACAUGAGACGGAUAAAUCAGAGGGAGGCAAGCGCAAAGCCGACUCUGAUUCUGAAGAUAAGGGAGAGGAGAGCAAACCAAAGAAGAAAAAAGAAGAGUCAGAAAAGCCACGAGGCUUUGCCCGGGGUUUGGAGCCAGAGCGGAUUAUUGGAGCUACAGACUCCAGUGGAGAACUCAUGUUCCUGAUGAAAUGGAAAAACUCUGAUGAGGCUGACCUGGUCCCUGCCAAGGAAGCCAAUGUCAAGUGCCCCCAGGUUGUCAUAUCCUUCUAUGAGGAAAGGCUGACGUGGCAUUCCUACCCCUCGGAAGAUGAUGACAAAAAAGAUGACAAGAAUUAAUUCUCUUGAGUACCAGCCCCUGUCACAUCUGACUGUGGGUUUCAAGUGGGGAGAGGAAG